CGAGCCUAUAACGUUUCGAGGGAGUGGGGCAUGCUGGACGCCACAAAAAGAAGGCACAGCAGCGGGCUGCCCGUGCCACGAGCGCAAGCGCUGGCUUUCAGCCUGGAUGGCAUGCAAUCCCUACAUCCGCGCUCGCACUAUCUUCAGCAAGGUAAGACUCUCCAGCAUGUCAUUUGUGUUCUCUCAAGUUGUCCGUUAUCAACGCCGGAACCCUCCUUGACGCGUACAAGCAACUUCAGAUACCACUGAAGAUGUUCAUUUCGCUCCUUAGAUAUGCCGCCUUGACGGCAGCAACUCUAGGUGCACUAUACCUAGGCCUGCUGGGACUGCUCACGCAACCUUUCUUUCAAGCGCACGUGGUCUACUUGAAUGCCAUACAAAUGACAUGGUUCAAGGACCUCAACAUCCCGGAGCUAUUCGGCUUCUUGCACAAUCAGGUGACCCCGUUCCAUAUCAAGACGCACGAUGGCGAGACGCUCUACACUUGGCACAUACUGCCCGUUGGGUUAUACCGCAAGCACGAAGAGGCUCUAAAUACGGAGCCUUCGGGCUCGGUCCAGGACAUCACUUCGCGGCUCGGCUUCCAGCUCCUUCAACAAGACCCAGAUGCCUGGCUCAUCAUUCACAUGCACGGCGCUGCUGGCACAGUGGCAUCAGGCUAUCGAUGUCCGAACUACAGAGCUCUCCUAGCUGUCCAGCCGGAUCAUAUUCACGUUCUGACCUUCGACUACCGUGGUUUUGGACGCAGCACCGGCAGCCCUUCGGAAAGAGGAUUGAUUACCGAUGCUGUAACCGUGAUAGAGUGGGCCAUGAACGCAGCAAAGGUACCAGCAUCCCACAUCCUUAUAUACAGUCAAUCCAUGGGCACUGCAGUCAACAUGGCUAGCGCGGAGCAUUUCGUGCGGCAAGCCAACCCCGUCAUCUUCGCAGGCCACAUUCUCACUGCCCCCUUCGUCGACGCACCGACUCUUGUAUCAACAUAUAGCAUAGCUGGAACGAUACCACUUCUCGGACCGCUGGCUCGGUUUCCAGUUGUUUUCGAAUACCUCAAAAACUUCGUCCGCGAAAAAUGGUCGACCAAAGACCGCAUCGCCUCUUACGUUCAUGCCGCAGAAGCAUUGAGUGCACCAUACCGCAUAACAAUACUGCAUGCCGAAGAUGAUUACGACAUCCCAUGGGAACAUUCUACGACGGUCUUUUGGCACGCCGUCAACGCUACGAAAGCGGACGGCAUGACUCGAGAGGAGCUCGACGAGGCGAAGGCGAAAUCCCGAGUCGACCUAGGAGCUGCGGGCACAGUGAUGCAAUGGAGGACGAGCCAUGGCAUCAUCCGCGAAGAAAUUUUGAAGUACGGUCUUCAUGACGUGAUCAUGGGCAACCCGAUCGUCACGCUGGCUGUUAUGCGCAUCUUCGACAGUCACGGUUCUCGGUGAUGGGUGCCGUUGUUCCAGGACUUAGACAUAGAUCGCUGUUUCGAAUAACGAUCACGAAUGGCGUCGCUUUGAGAUUCACA